AGAAUAUAUAUAAAGAAGCAGAAAUUCUUACAACGACAGUAUAAUUUCGAAUUUAUUGAGAAUCCAGUAUUACUAAAAUGGCCAAAUUCCAAUUUCUUCUUGUUCUUGCCUUCGUCGCCGUUAUGGCAAUCUCGGCUCAGGCAGACGAUAACUUACUUCCCGAUGAUUCCGUUCCCGAAAAAUCAGAAAAUUUUGGAUGGUCUUGCGGUAUUGGUGGUAACAAUGCAUGUGCCAUAAGCUGUGGUCUACACGGACACAACAAGGGCGGUUAUUGUAACAAGAACGAAGUCUGCGUUUGUUAUCGUUAAUGAAAAAGAAAUUCUCUCGUAAAGAAAAUAUCGUUUAAGUAUUUUAAAAAAAUAUUGCCCUAUAUGCUAUUAUGUAGAUUAUAGGUAAUUUCAAUCUAAUUGUUUAUUUCUUUAAAUGAAGAAACUGAUUAAACGAACGAACGAACAACAUACAAACAACUUUAUAACGCUUCAUACAAAAUUUGACUAAUAAUCCUAAUAAGAUUAUAUUACAAAAUAGUAAAUCUAUAAUAAUAAACCAUUGUUUCAUUAAGCGAAUCGUUAUGUUUUUAAGCAAUAAAAUUAGGGGAAAGAAUAUUAUCGUAAAGAUUUAGAAAACGAGUUCUCAACAAAGGAAAUAUAAAAUCCAUCUUACAAUUAGACAUGUUUCUAUCAAUUACAUAUCGAUCUUUGUUGUUCAACAAUUGCUCGAGUAGUCACGUCUGUUAGCAUUUAUUGACACAUCGUGCUACACACUUGGGAAAUCCAUGGUAACGAUCGACUGUACACGUUCUGCAAUUACACUGAAUUACGGGCAGGCUGUCCUGUGAAAUUUGUCUUAUUGCUAAUACGUAUUCGGAUUACCAGUUCUAUACUCUGUAUUUCUUUGAUCAAUAUAUGUAAUAAAAUAUCUUAACAUAUGUGGUAAAUAUAUAGAAUAAACGUAAAGAGUCACCAUUAAAAUUA